ACAAAAAUGGUUAGACCUCAAUCGAGAAGAGAAAAUGGCGGUACUAGUCGUAGUAAUGGUAUUAAUAAUUCCCGGCGUUACAAGGGAGUUAGGAUGAGAAAAUGGGGGAAAUGGGUGGCAGAAGUCAGGCAGCCAAAGAGUCGUGACAGAAUAUGGUUAGGCUCGUACCAGACUGCACAGGAGGCUGCUAGAGCUUAUGAUGCUGCUGCAUUUUGUUUACGGGGUCCGUCCGUGAUGCUCAAUUUUCCUGAUGACCCACCUCGAAUUCCAGCUGCCGGUGAGCUAUCGGCCACCCAAAUUCAAGUUGCAGCGUCCAGGCAUGCCCGGAGUCGGAGGGUUGAGGAGGAUGCAUUGGUUGAUGGGAAUGAGGAGGUGGGGGUGGAGGGGGGAUUUUUGCAGGAAUGCUCUGACUUCGGUGGAUUCUUGAGGAAUGGUUUUUGUGAAAGAGGCGGUGAGAGAGAUGAUAGCGGUGGCGGUGGCGGUGGCGGUGGCAGUGCAGGGAUGUCUAGUGCAACUUUUUUCGGGACACCGGCUUUGUGGAGUUUUUGAUUCGUCAAAUUGAGGUGUUUGGAAUUCUUCACCAACACAGGACAAAUAGAAAGUGUACAAGACCGUCCCCCCCCCCCCCGGCCCACUCUCUCCUUAUUGUUUUUGUUUGCUUGUUUUCUGGAUGAGUUUUACAUUUAGAUCCCAAAUUUUUAUUUGGAUGGAGUGGACUUUUGCCUCGUCCAACAAUUUCAACUAGUAUAGAUGCUGAAUGAAUGUUAGUGCAAAUUGAGUUAUUCGCCUAGUCUGCUAAGUUGAG